AUGGCUACGACAACCCCCACUAGAUCAUCUAGUACCUCACCCCCUGAAUCUCGUCCCACGUCCCUUGCGCGCCCAAGCAUGAACAAUGGCGAACCAUGGCACGAUGUUCUACCAGAAAAUACUAUUCUGCGCCUCUGCUAUAAGGCGUUGUGCUUGAUCGCUGUAUCAAAGUCGACGGUUGAUCACUGGCAUUACCUCAUAGAGCGUCCGAUAAAGAAAGAAUGGAUCGCACACAAGGAAAUGGUGGUAAAUCGGUUUGAAAACAUGAACAUCACGGCGGGUCUGGUAUUGACUACAACUGCUGUUUUUGUAUCUACUACACCUCACACCGCUCAGGGGUACAGAAAUGAGGGUGAGGUGGGCAUCGCUCUUCAUGAAAGUGGUCUGUCGCGCGGAGAUGUAUUCAUAACGACUAAAUACUCUGGCUUCGACGGGCUGGAUAUUCCUACUGCGAUCAGAAACAGCGUCAACAACAUCGGAACACCUUACGUAGACCUAUACCUGAUUCAUAACCCACGCCUCGCGGUACCGGCCAUCCCAACAGCGUGGGCGGAAAUGGAGAAGGUGGUGGAGGAUGGACUGGCAAAGAGUAUUGGUGUAAGUAACUUUGGUGUACAAGAUUUGGAAAUUCUGUUGGAGUCUGCGAAAAUCAAACCUGCUGUGAACCAGAUCCUUCUCCAUCCCUAUGUUUACUUGCAACAGGCGCCUAUAGUGGAGUAUGCUGCUGAACAUGACAUUGUCAUUGAGGCGUACAGCGCCCUCCGACCACUCACCAAGGAACCCAGUGGCCCGUUAGACGCUCCACUGAACGAGAUCGCCACUCGACUUGGGGCAACUACAGAUCAGGUGCUUCUCGCUUGGACAAAGGCUAAAGGCGCCGUUAUCGUCACAACCAGCUCCAAGAAGACACGUUUAGAAGGCUAUCAAGAUGCAGGCGAUAUUGAGCUUUCAAAAGAGGAUAUUGCUGCAAUUGAUGCUGCUGGAGCGUUGGGCGAAAAGCGAAUCACCGUUAGAAUAGGGCUGCGGAAGUUUGGUGUUGCGGUUCUAGUUGCGGUUGCGGUGUUGGGCCUUUGCAGUUAUUUUAGAAUCAGGAUUGAUAAAUUGAUAUACUAUUAUGUUCGAUCGCUCGCUCGCUAG